AUGUCGAUCGCCAACGCCGCGUCCAAGAUUAUCGUCGUCAUCGGAGCGGGGCCCGGCACCGGCUACAGCGUGGCCAAGCGAUUCGCACAGGCCGGCCACCCCGUCGCCCUCCUCUCGCGCACAGAGGAGCGCGUGACCUCGCUCGCAAACCAGAUCAACCAGCUCAGCGGCAAGGGCACCGCGGGCACCACGGGCACCGCGAGGGGAUACGCCGUCGAUGCCACCGACGAGUCGAGCGUGCGCGACGCCUAUGCACGCAUCCAGCGCGACUUUCCCGGCGCAGCCGUCUGGGGCGGCGUGUUCAACGCCAACGGCUUCGUGCGCGCACCGCUCCUCGACACGACCGUCGCCCAGCUAAAGGAGCUCCUCGACGUCGCCGUCGUCGGCGCCCUCAUCUUUGCCCAGUCCCACCUCGACGCCGUCAAGCGCGCACCGCUGUGGAACGACAAGGGCGGCGACGGCGAAAGACACGAGACAAAGGGCUUCCUCGCCUUUACCGGUGCCACGGCCUCGCUCAAGGGAUCCGCCAACUUUGCCGCAUUCGGAGCCGCAAAGGCUGCCCUCCGCAGCCUGGCCCAGUCGACGGCGCGCGAGUAUGCCCCGCAGGGCGUGCACGUCUUGCACACCAUCGUCGACGGCAUCAUCGACACCGAGUCGACCCGUCAGCGCUUCAAGAACCUGCAAUCGACGUUCAUGAGCCCCGACGCCAUCGCAGAGGCGUACUACGCCGCAGCAGCACAGCCUCCCUCGUGCUGGACCCUCGAAGUCGACCUUCGACCCUACGACGAAAAGUUCUAG